AGAGGUCACUGAGACCUCGCGGUGGCAGCCGGGACGUCGGCGGACUGUGUGCCUGCGCUCAGGAAGGUGCGUGUCCCCAGUGUCCGCUCCGGUCGCCCGGUUAGGAAUGCGCCUCACGAACCCGGUGUGUGCUGUGAUAUCUGAAGAAACAGCAACGGGGAGCGCGGUCUGAGAAGAGUCAUGGUUUGGCAAAGCUUACACCAGCAGUAACGUUCCGUGCAAGUUUGAUUCAUUGAGCUAGCUUGGCGUUAGCCCGCUUCGUGGAUCCACAGCGCGCUAGGUCGUUAGCAUCAGUCGGUAGCUUCUUAGCUAACCGGCUAGCUAGUGAGCUAGUUUGAGUGUGCAGCUGCUGGCCGACCCAGCCGAACAGGAGAGAACCAGACUGACUGCUGGACCCAACCUUAUUUCGGGAAGAGGAGGUGGAGGCAGGUGGGGGCUGGGAGAACGCGAAGGGGGUGGAAGUGAGUCAGGAGCGGCUGAUGAGUUCAGACCAGAGCGGAGAGCCGCCGCUGCUGCAGGAGGAGGCUGAUCCCGGACCGAAGACCGGUGGGAAGGACGAGGCUCUGUUGGGGAGCGAGGGAGGGUCAGGCGGCAUGGUGAGUGAGGCCUUCUUUAGCUUCGAGCUACAUAGCUGGCUAAGUGACUGGAAACCUGUUAGCACACUACGCCCCCCCCUCCCCUCCUCUCCCUCCUCUGCGUGAUGAACGAUCUUAAUCAGCUAAAAUGAACCAGAAUCAGACUCAGAUCGGCCCACCAGGGUCCAGUUGGGCACCGGCUCGCUGACUAUUUGCGUAAUCAUUGUGUGGUGUGGUUCAAACGCAAGAUGGUGUCGAUUAUGAGGCGAAAGCAGCCUUAGUAACCGCACAUAUGGCACCAUUUGCACCUCGUCAAACUUGUAAGCGGGCGAUCAUUCACACUUGUUCUGAUCCAGAUCCCUCACACAGUUGGUUAGCUCAAGCUAGCACAGCCUCUGUAUUAGCCAAGCUCAUUAAGGAGUUUGCUGAGUAAUCACGAGCCCGUAAGUCAAGUUAUAACGCCGAAGCAGAGUGACAGUGGUGUUAACUGAAGGAGGGGGUUGCUGAAAUGGUUAUUCUGUAGUUUUUGGCGAUGGAUUCAUCGAUUAUUCGCCAAAGGAGAAACGUUCAAUCACAAACCUGAUCUGCUGGCUAAUCGCACUGCUAGCUAACUUAGCUAGCGCAGUGGCAUGCGUUGCAAAUACCUGGCCUGUGCUGCGCAGCGCAGUCAGCUGACUUUACUUGGCUUGCAACGGCCUGUAACACAGAAGCAUGCAUUGUAACCAAUGUGUCAAGUUGCACAUUUUCAUGACUGCUAGUUUUUCUUUCUGUGACACUGGGGCCAGAGCGUUCAUUCAUGUUUAUCUGGAGGAGAGAGAGAGAGAGAGGUCUUGAGACAGACUGAGACCGGCAGCUGGAUUUGUCAGGCCAAGUGCUUUUGCAGGAAGGGGCUGGAUCUUUUAGCAGGUGGCAAGAGACAAUGUCAAAAGAAAAUGUUCUAGUUAACGAUGUUGUAUGAGGACUGUACACCAGUCGUCUGCUUUAAUUUGGAUAAACACAUCUCCUUCAUGUGUCAGUCACAUUUAUCUUUGUAUAUCUCAUUAUGUACUGUGGAUGAUCUAUUCUUGGCCAUAGACCUUUGCAGGGGCAGGGUUUCACCUGCUAGUUCUCACCCCCGUUAACACCAAGAGACAGGUCAAAUCCUUAGAUUAUUCUUUAAACGUUUUACUGGAGAUAUUAACGUUUUCUACAGUGGCAGAGAGUAUGUCUCUUUGUGACUAAAAGGGUAGAUGUUAGGGGUGGGCGAAAAAAUCAAUACAGCAUAGUAUCCUGAUAUUUUGUCUGGUGAUAUAUUGUAUUGUCUCAUUUACCAAGUAUCUUUUUUUUUUUUCAAAUUAAUAGUUAAUAUGAAGUCAAAUCUUUGAUAAUGGAAAAAUUAAAUCAACUGUUUGUCCAUUGAGGUUGGCAGAGGUGACAUUAUAGAGCAGGAGAAAGUUAGUACACCAAAUAUAAAAUAUAUAUAAGGUUUACAUUAAGUGCUACAUGAAAGUAAAAUACAGCAUAAAUAAGACAAACUUAAAAGACAGACAAAUGCUGAAUUUAACAGUUGAAAAAAGUAUAAAUCGCAAUAUAUUGUAUUGUAAUACUCACUGGAUUGCAAAAUGUUAGAAAUCGCAAUAAUAUCGUAUCGUGACCCAAGUAUCAUGAUAAUAUCGUAUCGUGGCCAAAGUAUCGUGAUAAUAGCAUAUCGUGGCCCAGGUAUCACAUUAAUAUUGAAUCGUAGCCCAGGUAUUGUGAUAAUAUCGUAUUAUGGCCCAGGUAUCGUGAUAAUAUCAUAUCGUGGGGUCACUGGUGAUUUCCACCCCAGUAGAUUUUGAGUCAACAAGGGGAUCCCUGGGCCCUAUGUUGCUUAUUUCACCUUAUUUCUUUGGCGUUAUUUUGUAUACAAUGAAAACAUUGAUAUUCAGGGGUUUUCACUUCCUGACCUCUUAAAAUCACACCAGGUGAUUUCAAUUAGUAGCUCGUCAAUUAAAGGUUGGAGUAACAGGUGAAGUCAUCAGGUGUGGAAUAGUCGGCUGUUACCUGCAUGCUCUCUGUGCUCCAGGUUCAUUGUUCAUACCUCGUUUUCUGUCUUUUUCAUUCAUUUUAUACUUUUGGUGUCAGGAUUUUAAAUAUAUUUGCGCAUUAUUUUAAGACUGUGUCAAUGUACUGAUUCAAGAUGUAAUAUAGUCCAAGGUAACUCCUUAUUUCUUUUGAACAUCAAACAAAAACACUCUUCUUAAUCAGUCAGCAAAACUGAAUGUAUAAUGAAAGACAUUUGUUUUUCAGUUGUAAUACAGAUUUGUUGUCUAGUUUCAUGACUUAGUGUUAGUCUGUUGUAGUGUGAUUGUGGCAUCAGGCACUUGGUAUUUUACGGUCUCCUUUGCUCAUUGCUUUACUUGCAAUAUCUUAUCACAUUCCUCAUAGUUUCCAUAUUUCUUUACUAUAAUUUCCUCAGGUCGUUGGAUCUAACUCUUGAGAGCUAGGAGGCGAAUUUAAUCUGCUGAAACUACUCUGUGGUUGCUGCUCAGGGCUCAGUAUUGGAUUUAAGACCUGCCUCGGUGUGUUUGUGUUGUAAACAAAUGAGUUUGAAAACAUACUGUGUGCUGCGCUGUGUUUAGGGUGGUGUUAGGAAGAGUUCAGUGCUCGGCAGGGAUGACACGGCAAAUCUCAGAUGAUUUUUGAGAAUAUUUACUGCACAGUAUUGAUUCGAGGGACAGUUUCUACUGCGCUUUGAGUACUUAAAAACAAUCUGAGUGAAAACAGAAACAGAGUGUAUGUGUAACUUAAUUCAUUUACAACCAUAGAAAAAAGGCUCUGUUUCUGCAAAUUGUUUUAAAUGGUUUGUCAUUUUGCUUUAAUGGUCUUCAAACUCACUGAAACUUUCCUGAUUGUGCUGUUUGUUCCCUCUAGGUCACCUCAAAGGGUGCCGGUUUGAACCCAAAUGCUAAGGUGUGGCAGGAGAUGCCUGUGGCCUCCAGUGAGACUGUGACCAACAGUCCUCAUUGGCCCCCCUCUGACAUCAGUGAAGGUGAGAAACACUUUAAAUAUUGAUAUUCAUAAUUAAACCUGACAGAAUUUUAAAAUUGAAAAUGUGUGAAUGAGAUAAAAAUCAAUCAUGUUUUUUGUUAUUUUUCAAAAGAAGGUUAUGGACCUCUCAAACAAACAAAAUGAAGCAGAGCACUCUUGCCUCUGAAUAAACCUCUGUACCUUGAUCACAGGUUAUUCUGAGCCCUCGUCUGCUGGGUGCAAACAGUACACUGUGGGAUUCACGGCCCUGGAUGACAGCAGCUCCACAGCAACAGCUGAGAUAGCAGUUAAUGGAAUGGACCCUCCAGAGUUGGGAUUUUCCCCUGCUGAGUCCACCACAGGGACAUCAGGUCAGUCACGUCUUCACACACCAACGAAGACUAAAUCGCAGACUUUUCCUUAAACCAGAGUGAAAAAGUUUGGAGGGAUAGAAACCUGAUAAAUGUUGAUAAGAUCAUCUGUGAUCUUGUAUCCAAACCAGUACCUACAGCGAACAUAUUAAACAUCUUUUGAGAGUGAUGUCUCUCCACAGUGAAACACUGACCUGUAUCAUUCAGAGAGUUUCAUCCCAGCUGAUAACCUCAGCUGUUGAUUUAAUCAUUGGGUGAAGUCUUUGAGUGAAAUGAGGACCUGCAGGCUAAUGGUUUCUGCUGCUAAAUGAUUAUACUUAUUUUUGAGACUCCAACAGCCAAAUAACCACAUCCUCUGACGGGCUGCAAACACCUAACGGCUCUCCCAGGCUCAGUUGUUCUCAUUCAGUAGCACUCACAUGCUUGUUAGACCAGGUUCAGGAUAGAUCAGACCUUGUGAUAAAGCUGGCCUGGCUGUCUAGAAGACUCAAGUCACUGCACAGCUUUUAUGUUUUUAGUUGCAUCAUAAUACACAACAGUGCAGAGGGAGAAAGCAGUCCAUGAACAUGAACUAAGUCAUGUCUGAAAUAUCUCACCACAACUGUAAUGUGUGGUGACAGUAAAGGAGGGAUAAUGGAAGUCAUCUACUCAGGCGCUGUCUCUCUGUGAAGUCACUAAAACUACUUUAAAAUCUCCAAACUGCCUCUGAGUGUUUGACUGAGCCGUCAGCCCUGAAAGAGACACAAGUGAGCCAGGAUUUUAUGACUGAACCAUGACCAGCUGCAAGAAAGGCUUUGAAGUAUGGUGGGGCUUCUGUGGAUCUUUAGAGUCUGAAAUUUAGAUAUUUAAAUGCCUAUUUAAUACUUCAAAUGUCUUUUUUAAGUCUUAACCUCCUCAGUAAGAUGUCUUUAAUGUCACUUUGACUGAUUUGUCUGAACACUUUAUCAAAAUGACACUAUGUAUAUUUUAUCAUUGUAUUCUGUGGUUCCAAUCUUGGAGUAUAUGAAGCCUUUAUUUUGACACCCAUCAUCAGCAUGGUUUUUCUGCAUCAUGUUUGGACUUGUUGUGGAUUUCAGUGGUUCUCAAGUCCAGUCCUCAAGGCCCACUGUCCUGCAUGUUUUGGAUGUUUCCUUCCUCCAACACACCUGAUUCAAAUGAUCAGCUCGUUAUCAAGCUCUGUAAUGGCUUAAUAACGAGCUGAUCGUUUGAAUCAGGUGUGUUGGAGCAGGGAAACAUCCAAAACAUGCAGGACAGUGGGCCUCGAGGACUGGACUUGAAAACCACUGGAUUAGAUGGUUUAAUUUACUCUCUUGAAAGUAAACUACAGGAGGGCAAUAAUCUGUAAUCUGAGUUUGUCCCAAAUCAGGUUUGAACAUCUACAGCUAGAGCUAAUUAUCCAGAGUAAACACACUGAAACACCCAAUGACAAAGGAACAGGUGACAAAACACAGCAACCACUGUGAAUAACACUAUACCUGACUGGUGAACAGUGCCUUUUUGAUAUCCUAAAUUAGCAAAACAAUCUAGCACUAGCGUUCAUUCCCUGGAUAAGUGGUGGAGAGCACCAAAUUGUACUUCUGACCCCUGAAGACGUCAAAGAUCUCUAGUUUGGAUGCUAGCUAUUGUACAGAUUCAUAAACAAUCUGAUAAUCUUUGAGUGUUUCUUCUUCAUUGUAUGCUGGAAUAAUUCACACACUACUCAAUGGUCUGUAAAUAGACACACAGACGUUCAAAUCAAAAGGAACACCAGUUUUAUUAUCUGACAUGAUAACGUGAUUAACACACUGAUGAUCACUAAAAAAUUUGUCAUAUAAUAUAAUACAUUUUCAGAAACUUGCCAUUCAGCACUUUUCCCUGAAAAACAAUCAGAGUGACUUUUAAAGUAUGUGAAGGAGCUUUGAAACUUGAGAUAUGGUUUAAUAUGAUUUUAAAAGAAGUUUGAAUACAACCUUCCUGUGUCAAUUGUUGUUAUACUGUGGAAAAAAAUGGCAUUAGUUUUUCUUCAUUUGGGUCUUAAGCAGUCUUGAAUUUGAUUUAGAAAAGUUUGUAAGGACCUUGGUAUAGUUCUGACAUUGAAAAACAGACUUAUAUGAACAAUAACAAAGUUUUUGGCACACUGAAGUGUUUUCUCAUGUGUCAUACAGACCCCAACUUCUAUCUUCGGCCUUUUGAAAAGUGAAUAAGAAUCUUAAAUCCUGAUCAGGGGACAGCUCUACCAAUGAUAAAACAAAAACUGAACAUUAUUGGCCUCAUGUACGUUUUCUUGACAUCAGUGUCCAUGUUCACAUCUAACAGGAUAUUUUGUUUUUUUCUUAGCAGACUCCAAAGCUGAAGAACAACCAAUAUCCUCAGAGAAUCUGCGAGAGUCUCUGAAGAAAGAACUUGAGUUUUAUUUCUCAAGGUGAGAGCGAGGAACUUGGUCAAUCUUUUCAUACCUUACGAUUUGAUAAGUUUCCUAGUUAAGCUGAAGGCCAGUUUUUAGGAAAUGUUGUCCUUUUAAUUUUUUUUAGAGAGAACCUCUCCAAGGAUUUGUACCUGAUGUCCCAGAUGGACAGUGACCAGUUUGUCCCUAUUUGGACUAUAGCCAGCAUGGAGGGCAUCAAGGUCCUCACUACUGACAUGGACCUCAUCCUGGAUGUGUUGAGAUGUAAGUGCAAAGUUUGAAGUUUUUCUUCUUAAAAGCAAUCAGAGGGUCUAUAAUGUGUCGUGAUUAAUUAACUUUGAAUUCCCCUCAGCCUCCCCGAUGGUACAAGUGGACGAGAAAGGGGAGAAGGUGCGUCCCAAUCACAAGCGGUGCAUUAUCAUCCUUCGGGAGGUCCCUGAAACAACGCCGGUCGAGGUAAAAGCAGCCUAAAAAUUCUCUCAAGAGGAAAUGUCACUGAAGCAUCCAGCUGUGGUGGAUUUUAACCUGUGUGAGACUCUUCUCUGUGUUUGCUUCAUAGGAAGUGGAGUCUCUUUUCAAAAAUGACAACUGUCCAAAGGUGAUAAGUGUUGAAUUUGCACACAACAACAACUGGUACAUCACAUUCCAAUCAGACACAGAUGCUCAACAGGUAAUUCAAGUGAAAUUUAGCUUGUAUUUGGACUGUCUAGAGUAUCGAGUCAAAAUGCUGCUCUGUGAAUUGCUCUAAUUCUAUCAUGUGCUUUCCAGGCCUACAAGUACUUGAGAGAGGAAGUAAAAACAUUUCAGGGAAAACCCAUUAUGGUGAGUUUUCUGAAAUCCCUGAUUCAUCUUGGAAAUGUCCCUUCCUGAGGCUGUUUUUGGAUGUUAACGUCUGAUUUGUUUUUGUUGGAACAGGCCAGGAUAAAGGCCAUCAACACAUUCUUUGCCAAGAAUGGCUACCGUAGCAUGGACAGCAGCCUCUACGCUCAGCAGUCCCAAAGCCAGUCCCAGUACAGCUCUCCUCUCUACAUGCAGCAUGUGUACCCCCAGCAGCAGUACCCGGUCUACGGCAUUGUACCUCCCACCUGGACGCCUUCACCGACACCGUAUUUUGAAACUCCUCUGGUGAGGCACACUUCUCUGACAUAAGUCUUAUUAAUGCAGAGUUACUAAUGCACAUCAGUGAAAAACUUUCACUUCCACCAGCUGACUGAGCACCCUGUUCUUCAGAAACCACACACUGCCAGCUAGUCAUUGCCACAUUGUUGUUGUGAGGUCUUGGAAGAAAUACACAGGGUCGAUUCAAAUGACUAUUUUGAAUCCUCAGCUGGCUUAAGCACACAGUAUUUUGCAUAACAAAGAGUUUGUGAAAAUAAAGUAUUGUACUGAUUUAAAGUGUUUUACAUCAGGGAUGCAGAGCAUGGUAUGGUUGAAUCUGGACAGAGUUACUGUAAUGUGUUUUAAAGUCAUUAGAUUGUAGAGUGUUGUUUCAUUCAACUUAAUAAGAAGUUGAUUUAAAGACAGGAAUCUUGGGUAGAGGUAUUGGGAGUGUUAGCUGGCAUUUACACUAUUUGUGCUAAAUGUGAGAAUUUGUGAAGUAAAAGGUCGUCUGAAAUAGUUGAAUACUAAUCCUGGGUACAAGGGAUGUCCAAUCAGCCUUUUCAGCCCCUCAUCCUGGUCUGAUGUUUAAAUAUGAAGUUUCUGAUCCAAUAUUGAGUCCCAGUCCUGCCUUGAUAAUCAAGCAGCACAUAUUUUAAGAUGUCUUCAGCUUAUUCCAUUUGACCAAAGCCAGUGUGCAUGUCAUUGGUCUCGCCUAUAAUCUGUUGUACAUGUUUUCUGCGUGAGACCCAGAAAGCUGUGUGUGCAGUACUGGACUGAGUUUUUAGCUGAGGAGUUUGUAAAAUAACAGACUGUCCUGUGUCUGGGAUGUGUUUUAACCCUCCAUCCCUGGGUUUAGUUUCCGUUGGCUGAUCUAAAGCAUUUGUUAGUUUGAGCUGUGGCUGAAGUUUUACAUCAACAUCCUGUUUGUCAUUUUUUUUUGUAUACAGGUAGGUGAACCCAGACCACACCAGUACCCCAUGUCACUUGUGCCCUUUAGUUCAGCUUAUUCUAAUGAUUUAGAUGAGAUGAUCUUCUUAAAUGUCAUUGACUGAUUAGUUAAAACACAGAAAGCACUUGAUGAUAGGAAUAGAAACAGGCAUAAAACAGAGCAACAGUAAGUUAAGGAUUCUUUGUAUUUUUCUUUGUCUUCUCUCAUCUUCUUCUUUCGUCUUCUUCCUCUUUGUCAUUUUCUUCUUCGUCUUCAUAUUUACUUCUUUGUCUCCUUCAUCUUCUUCUCUCGUCUUCUUCUUCUUUGUCUUUUUCUUGUUCUCCAUCUCCUCUUCCUCUGCAGUCAUUUCAGGGUCAGGUCAGUAAGAAUGUGAGAUGGUACAGGUUGAUUGUCUGGGUGCCUUUUCCCAACUUUCAACAAGGAAAGGAAACCCACAUAGCUGAGUAUUGCACCAAAGCACGUUCUUAUGGUAGCUGGUCUGUUAGCCAUGGUGACCUUCUGGACUGCUCCAUGUUUUUUCUUGAGACGUUAAUUCCUUUGGUCCUUGAGUUAGUUGAGAAUAAAUAUCUUUAAAAAAAAAACAAAAAAAACUAAUUGCUGCUGCCUGGACUAUGUUUUAAUUGUUUCUGUCUUCUAUCCUUUGCAGGCACCUUUUCCCAACAGUAGCUUUGUGAAUGGAUUUGGCUCUGCUGGGCACUACAAAACUGGAUCCAAUUCUCUUAAUAUCACUCGCCCUUUCAACAGAAACCGGUAGGAACUUUUCCAAAAACGUGACUUUGUUACUCUGAAGUUUAACCAGCUGGAAUGUUUUAUCACUUUGUGUCAGUGUUUGCAUGAUGUGAACUGUGAGCAUCAGAUCAUCUGCAAUACAAUUGUGUGUAGAGACAAUGUGACCUCACCGGGGGUUUCACUCCCUGUCUUCUUACUGUCCCCACAGUGUCCCCCUCUAUUCAAGAAAGAAUGUAAUAAAUGCCUUCAGGUACAACUACUAUAUACUGCACAACCAGCUUCAUUGCUACCUUCAUCUCUGACCAUACUGCAGCAGCCAAAUGACUCGAUCCAUAAUGAGGCCCAAGCCCUCUGCCAGUCAGAUUUCAAAGCCAUUAAUCCUUUGUAUCAGUGUGAUAAAUGUUCGUUGCUGCGUGAUGAACAUCCUGAUGGAUUUAUCACAUCAUUCGAGAGGUCCAGUCGGGCUUACUUCAUGGCAGCAGCUGCUAUUUGACUCUGAUUAACUGGCUUUUCAAGUUAUUGACCUCCUCGGCUCCAAAAAAACGUCCUCCUUUCAUUGACAUUAUUACAUGUAACAGUUUCUCUCCAUCCUAACUAACCACACGUUUAGAUUUUUGUACGGUUCUUGGUGGCUUUUUGUCCGUGAUUGUUUUUACUUUUGCAAUGUGCAGUCUUAUUGUUGAACAAAGAAAGACUGACAGUUUUUAGAAGAAUCUAAUCCAACCAGCUGUCAAGCUUUCAUCUGUUUGCUGUUAAUCUUUGGCAAAGUGAUGACAACUAUACACGUUUGUUCAGACACUGAAAAGCUGCUUCACAGAGAAAAAGUCAGACCCAGUGAUGACAUCAAGAUGCGCAUAGAGGGAAACUGGAGAUGGAAGUAACUGGCUUUGUUUCAUUCUUUCUCUUUCUCAUCUUCUCUCUUCUGUCCUUCACUUUUAAAGUCAGGUACUUCUGUCUGAUCCCAAUGAGCGUUCAGAUUAUGAGAUCUGAGGGUCAAAGACUAUCGAUCAUCAAGACAUGCAAAUACUGCCGCUCAGAUCUUGACAUCUGUCUGAGUCGUUACACUCAGAGCAGUCUGUCUUGGUCUUCCGGCAGUGUUGUCAGCUCUUUUCAGUGAUUUAAAAGUUUGCAGAUUGCCAAAAAUACAGUUUGCUCCCAUCAGUGUCUCCAUCGCUUUAACAAGCCGAGCACCAGUGUAGCCCCAAGUCCUCCUGCAUGUCCACACAUCCACCCUGAAGACAGAGCAUGCUUUCUUCUCCCUCCACCAGUGUUUCCUAUGAACUCACCAUGCUGCUCCAGCCUCUCUUAUCCAUAAAAUGUUUUGACUCCAAUUUAACAGUCACAUUUUUGGGUAUAGACUCAAUCAAAACCCACUUACAGAACAAAGUUAAUUUAAUUGUAAUAGUUGCUGAUCAUCAUCAUCACACUCUAUAAGAACAAGUGAGAAAAGUGUUCAAAAAGAUGAAUUUCAUCUUGUUAGAAAUAGUCAAGGUCUUAACUUAUCCACAAGUAAUCAAUCAAUCAAGAUUGGCUUGAAGCUUGUUAAUUGACUUAAAAAGCUCAAGUCAGGAAACACUGGUCUCUUUCUGGAUCUCUGGCACUUUAUGUCGUCUGGACCCCGCUCAUUUUCAUUCUCGUCUGUGACAGAAACCAUGUGAAGCCCCAGGUGAGGACAGGUGACAUGACUUCAGCGUCUAUAACUCCUGUUCCACUGGAGAGUCUGACUGGACUGCGUAGCCCACAGCCCCCCACUCCUGUCGCAUCGGCCACCACUAACCCAGUCCAGACAGCUUCUGACCUGAGUUCAGCGUUCUCUCAUCUCUCCUCCUCUUCCUCCUCUCUGGACCCAAGUGAUGACAACAGUAUGGCUGGACGUGGGAGGUAAACCUGCCACAUGUGUGCUCAGCUAUAACAGCUGCUGCUUAUUGAAUCAGUUACACUUGACAUGACAAAUGAUUUGUUCUGUGUUUCAGACGAGGCACAACAUACAGAGGAACACGGAGGAGGCGAGAAGACGAACGGAUUGCGGUAAAGAGCAACUCAAGGUGUCUUUAAGUUUUAGUUUAAAGCCUGUAAAAUCUUGAGGCCUUACUGUUUGUGUCCUUUGUUUCUCAGAGGCCCAUACCGCUAGCAGAGGUCAAAGUUUCUCCCCCCAAGUUUGACUUGGCUGCUACCAAUUUCCCACCUCUUCCCGGUUGCGUGGUCAGCACACAAGGGGAACCAGUGCUGGAAAACCGAAUGUCAGACGUUGUUCGUGGCUUGUACAGAGACAAGGUAAGAAGAGGCUGAAAGUGAAUCUGUCUCAGCUUCAUUCUUAGAUUUUUUUUUAAAGAUUUUCAGUGUUUUUUUUUUGUUUUUUUUUCCCUAGAGUGAACAGGCCAAUAAAGAAGCCACUGUGAGUCCAGCUUCAGGUCAAGCCCCAGUCACAGAAGACGCUGCAGCUGUCCCAAGUCCUGCUUUGGCUGCUGGGAAAUCCGCUACACAACCACUUGGACCUGCAUCCACUGGGUAUUAUUGUCUCCCCAAUAGUGAUGGUUUUGAAUUAAAUAUUGAUUUCUGAUUGUUGAUUAUAAAUAGAUUUUAGUACUUGGAGUGUUAAACUAUAUGUUUGCAUGUCCUGUUCCGACAGCAUCACUCGUCAGGAGAGGAGGGUUGAUCGCGCAGAAAACCCCGUUCCAAAAGUGACUCCCCGCACGCCAGCUCAGACAACUGUAAACCCAUCCUCUUCCUCCUCCUCCUCCUCCUCCUCCUCACAGCCUGUGCCUGCCUCCAGGCCUCAGCCCUCUGCUGCCUCAACCCCUGUGACCCCCAGCACACCGGCCCCUACUACAGCUACUGUUUCCACCUCCAUACAGGUGAAGAUCUGGCUCUUUUUUGAUGACAUCUGUCACUCCAGCGUAGUUGUGUUCGGUUAUACUGAUGUUUUUAUUUUGCAAAUGUGUCUUCCCAGUGAUGAGAUCUAUUGCGCAUAGAGGGAAGUGAGGAAGUGGACUGAAUGGCUUUGGUUCUGUUCCUCACUCUAUCUUUUUCUUCUCUUCAAUAUUCUCACUUUUAUCCUCCUCUGUCCUUCCCCACUAAAGUCCAGGAUGUUCACUCCCACCCCGAUGAGCGUUAAGAUUAUGAGAUCUGAGGGUUUGACAAAAGGAUUAUAAAUGAAUGUAUGAUCCAUGGAGUUGCAGCUGUUUUAAUAUUGUGCUUUUUGCCUGGCUUGUUUAAGGAACCUCGUAAGCUCAGCUACGCCGAGGUAUGUCAACGGCCACCCAAGGACCCUCCUCCUGCUGCCCCAGCUCCAGCUUCCUCGGGCACCUCUUCAGGUCAGCCGCUACGUGAGCUGCGCGUGAACAAGGCGGAGGAGCCGGGCUCCAGCAGCGGGGACAAGCAAGAGAAAAGCCACGACAAGGAGGGGGGAUGGGAGUGCAAGGAGAGCCGACCACCACGUGAACGUGACUCUCAAGGCUACUACCGCAACAAUGGCCCCAGAGGCACUGGAGGCCUCAAGUUUCGAGACCAGAGGCGUCCGCCUCCAGCCCGACGCAGCUCCCCUCAAGGAGGUUAUCGGCACACUGGCAAAGAGCAGAAUAUCCCACCAGUAUCGCCAAAGUAAAAACUGAUUAUGAAUAGAAAAAAGAUGUAUGAAUAUAUAUACAUGGAUAUAUAUAAUUAUAUAAAAAUGAAUAACAUAAAAGCAACAACAUUACGGUAGCCACCUUCCCCUCCUGGAACUUGUCGAGAGAAAAGCUUUUAAAAUGACGUUAAGGCUGGGACAUCCAGGACUGACGGGCAGAAUGACAUCUGGAGAACUGUGAAUGGUUUGAAAAGGAAUAUCUUGUUCUGGUCUCCGACUGUAUGCUUAAAAGAAUUUAAGUGCGAUUUAUCUGGAGGCCGUCUCAUUUAUGCUCUGCUAGGGAGAGGUGGGAUGCUGGGCCUAAAUGGCCCUCUACCUUUUUUUUUUCUUUUGACGAAUAGAUGUCUGCAAGAACAAUAUGCACUAAGAAGAAAAGAACAUGCAUAUAUGUCAUGUACAUAUACAAAGACAUCACUAACACGCAAUGAGACAUCAGGUUUUUGUUUUUGUUUUUUUCUUUUCUUGUGUGCUUAGGUUUGAGAGUAUGACUGAAGGAUUGACUGAUGUCUGUGUAUGCUCUGAUUGUUAAGCAAAAUGAUUGAAGUGCUGCAGUGUGCUGUUGCACUGAUGUAAUGAAAUUGAUGAUUUUAUUUGAUUUUUACAUCAGAGAUUCAGAAUCAUUGUCCUGAAACUGGACAGUGUGAUCUUCUAAUGUAUAAUGAAUUGUGUUCUAUGGUGGUAUUUUGAUCCUGGUUCAUAAUUGGCUUAAAUUGUAUCAGUCAGAUAUCAGAAGCUGUUGAUGUAUGCCGCAGUCAGCUGUGUGAGUUUGUUUGAAGCCUAAAUCCACUUUGGGGGUGCUCGCUGGCCUGUUGGCCAUGGUGAACCUUCUCGCCUGGUCCAAACUUUUCAUGUUAAGUUUUUCUCUCUCUGAACUAAACACACUGAUUCAGAUCAUUGUCAUGUUGAUAAUCAGUCAGGUUCUCUGUUUACAUGUUUGUUUGGCUGUUAGGUUGAUGUUUCCAAGAGAGAAUAGAUUGAAAAGGGGGAGAUUUGACUGUUCAGUGCGCCUGAAGGUUCAGAUGAGGUUAGGCUUUUCUACAUCAUCACAGGAUAUCCAGGUUAAGCUUAUCUAUGAACUGUUCUUAACAAUGGCAUAGUGUCAAAAAUAGACAGAGGAGUGCUGUAAGCUUAAGAAGAUAGCUAUUAUAUUUGGCAGCCAAAAUAUGGGUAUGAAGAAAAUUGGGACAUUUUCACGUGCUAUGUGCCAGCUGCCUAUGAUCAUAGUGUGUUAGGAUAAAGUUUGAUUUUUAUUGACAAGGUCUGCUAAAUAAUGUAGUUUUGGGGAAACUUUUUGCCCAGUGAAACUGGAUUUUGACAAAGCUGUAGAGGUGUAGUUGCCUAUGCUAUAUUGUAAUAACCCUUCACUAGAAACGUGUGUGGGAGAAUGUAAUUGUUCUAGUACUGAAUUUUCAGAGGGAGGUUUUUGACAGCAGGUAUCCACCAGAUUGUUUUGUCCUAUAGGGUAAGUUUGCUGGUUUGUUUUUUUCUUUCCUUUUUUAAAUUUCUUUUCAUUUUUUGUUUUUGUUUUGAAAAGAAACAGAUUGACUUAGAAUUUGAAGUUUGACUCACUGUAUGUAUUGCUUUUUAAAUUUAUUUAUUUUAAUUCUGAUGCACAACGCUUUUCUCCCAAUCUUGGUAGGCUGGUUUCCCCAAAGUUGUGUGAAAUCGCAUUGGCAAAAUAAAAUCACGCAUAUGACAUUUAUAUACUGUUCUGGAUGUCAGCUGAGCGAAUAAAAAUACUUGAUGCAUUGACUUUGGGUUUAGUAAUGCAGUAAACAAAUAACCAAUCACUGGGGUUGUAUUUUUUUCAUUAAUGAGUAUGAGCAGCUAGUGGAUUAGUAUAAUUAAAGAAAUGCACUAACUUUUUUUUUUUUUUUUUUAAAUCUUACUCAUGAGUAAUGUGGAAUCAUUUUAGAAGCAUAUGGUUGAUGUUGACAGGCUUGCAAAUACCUACAGGAAUUGCUCUCCCCUCCAUAUGUUUGGGUUAUUUUUUUGUUAAUUUGGGUUGGGGUGGCAAAAGGAAAUAAAGAUAUGGAUAAACCAAGUGUUUGAGACACAAUCCUAGAACUGUACGAAAUGUCACCAAAAAUAAAUUAUUUUGAUUUGGCUUUCCA